AUGACUCUAUUGAGACGAGACAAGAUGGUGGUGCAAAGAGUUUCAAUGCAAACUGCAAUGACACUUUUCUUUUCACGGCCGUUCCUCUUUGUUUUCAGCGGUAUAAUUUUCACGCUUGUUAUAAAGCGAGAGCGAGAAAAGCAAAUGAAGAGUUAUAAGGUGAAGAAGACGGCCGUAAGUGAAAAAUGUGAAUGA